CACACACGCACACUCACAGCCGCCGCCAGGACACGGGCUCUCCAAAGGGAGGGGGAAAGGAGCCUGUAGUCGCCGCCAAGAGCUGCCGAGAUCAGCCCCGAGAAGCCACAGCAGCAACAUGGCGUUACUAAAGCGGAGCCGGAGAGCAACCAGAGGGAGCCCGGCGGGCUGUUGAACUCAGCCGAGGGAAACGCCGGCAUUCGGCCUCUCUCUCCGCCCACGCUGCCCCACCUGCUUCUGGCUAGUUCCGCCGGGGCCAGCUCGUCAGUCUCUGGGGCAGCUCCGGCCUCUCGCCUCCGAGGUCGGCAAACUUUUCUCCCCCGCCUAGAAAACGGACGCGGCUGGCUCGGAAAGGGACAGACGACGGCAGCGCUGGACUGUGUGUUCCCGGCUGCGUCUCGAGCGGAGACUAAGAUUAUAAACACGUGUGAAGAAAGAGUCUCUUCUAAGUGACGUCAUGCUUUCUGCAACUCCCCUGUAUGGCAAUGUUCAUAGCUGGAUGAGCAGUGAGAGGGUCCGCAUGUGUGGGAUUAAUGAAGACAGGAAAAUCCCUGUUAAUGAUGGAGAUGUCUUGAAAAGCAGGCUGGAAUUAAGGGAAGAAAAUCACCUGAACCACAGUGUGGUGGAUACAGCGGCAGUGCAUCGCAUUGACAGCCUUGCAGCUUUGACUAUGGAUCGCUCUGGACUUAUGCGGGAAGGGCUUAGAGUCCCCAGUAGUAUUGUUUAUUCCAGUUUAUGUGGACUUGGCUCAGACAAGCCCCGGGAUGCUACAAGUGCUAUUACUGGCCUUGGAUUUGGUCCUGAAAGAAAUCCAGAGAUACAGUUCAAGUCUAAUCCCACUGAAGCAAUUGAAAAUGGAGCUGGAAAGAACCCAAAUGGCUUCAGUGCUCUGUACAAAACACCACCUGGAAUACAAAAGAGUUCUGUUCCAACUGGGGAGACCUUAGGCUUGGACAGAAGCUCAAGUGACAAACAAAGUCCUCUCAGUGUCAAUGGUGCUAGUUACCUAAGGCUACCCUGGGUAAAUCCUUAUAUGGAGGGUGCUAUUUAUCCUUUUCUUGAUUCACCAAAUAAGUAUUCAUUGAAUAUGUAUAAGGCUUUGCUACCUCAGCAGUCCAAUUUUAGCUUGCCACAGCAUCUGACUUAUUCACCUGUAUGUACAAAUGGCGAACGUUUUUUAUACUUGCCACCUUCUCAUUAUGUUGCUCCCCACAUUCCAUCAUCAUUAGCUUCGCCGAUGAGGAUCUCAGCUACAUCAGCAUCACCUGCAAUUCCCUCUUUGGGACACUGUCCAGAUAAAGGCUUGUCUUGGAAGAUGGGAGUGAGUCCAGCAAAUCCCAUAGACUCUCAUACCUAUCCACAUAUUCAAAAUAGUAAACCACCCAGAGUCCCAUCUGCUAAGCCAGCUGCUAAUAAUAUGUCAACUGACCCUACUGUUUUGCUGUCUCAUUCACCCAGGCCAUCACCUAGAGUCCAUCUCCCAACACAGGUUGGAGAUGCUUACUCAGAGUUCCAUAAACACUUUUCUAGAAUUUCAACUUCUCCUUCUUCAGUUGCACUCCCCAAGCCAUACAUGAAUGUAAGCAGUGAAUUUUCUUCAAGAGUCUCAAAUGGGAAAGCUCCCAAAACACAUGAUCCAAAUGAAAUUUCUCAGCAACCUGCAGUGCAUGCAAGGAAAACAGGUCAUGACAGGAAAGAUAGCAGAUCCCCUCCAUUAUUAGAAAAGCAGCAAAUUGUUACCAAAGAUAUCAUAGACAAACCACUGGAUUUGUCAUCAAAAGUUGCUGAUGUAGAUAUAACCAAGUCUGAUCAUGUUAAGAAAAUGGUACCAACUGUGUUAGUUCAUAGCAGGGCUGGAGGAGGGUUGGUUUUACCUGGAGGUGAUCUUCCAAAAGAAACUAUUUCUCCUGGAAAUGGUUGUCCUGUCUACAGGCCUGAGAUAAUUAGUACUGCACCUUCCUCCUGGGUGGUUCCUGGUCCAGCUCCUAAUGAAGAUAACAGUGGCAAAAACAUGCAGUUGAAAAACAAGGCACCCGACUGGGUAACACCUCAACAACGAAGUUCUUCUUGCCCUAGAAUGGGAGGUACAGAAACAGUAAUUAAUAAUAUUUCAGGGUCUUUGUCGAGUGAAGGUCGCCCAGCAUCUGCUUCUCCAGCUCCAAAUCCUAAUGUAGAUUGUCCCAAGACUAACAUUUCAGUAGAAACUACUGCAUCUGUCAUACAGCAUAUAGGACAACCUUUAGUAUCAUCAUCGUCAUCUCCAUCAUCAUCAAAGCAUAGUAAUAAGGCAGCUAAAUGCAAUAAUCAAGAACCUAUGUUCAAGGCAAAUGAAAACACUCUUGCCCCAGGUUCCAUAUUUUUCUCUCCAAAUGAUGCAUUCCGAUCUCCACCAUUGCCCUAUCCAAGAAGCUAUCUCCCAUAUCCAAUUCCAGAUGGUUUAGCAUUAGGUCCUUUGCCUCUACAUGGAAAAGGACCUGUGUAUCCUCACCCAGUUCUGUUACCUAAUGGCAGUCUUUUCCCUGGGCAUUUGGCUCCUAAACCUACUAUUCCAUACAGUCUGCCAACUAGCAGUGGUGAGUUUAUGACAUAUCAAGAUGCACUGGGUAUGGGCAUGGUACAUCCAAUGUUGCUAUCCCAUGCAGCUCUUGAGCUAAAAGAUGAUAAAUCAGAAAGGAGAUCUAGAUCACAUGAAAGGCUCCGUUAUGAAGACCCUGCUUUGAGAAGCAGAUUGCCAGAGAUGCUGGAAACCAGCACAAAGUUGCAUUUUGAAGUACCUACAGAGAGAAAUGUGAAGUCACACCAAAGUUCAAGUCAUAGUAAAAAUAGUGCCAAAAGUGAUAAACUCAUGUUUGCAGAAUUGAGAGAUGAACAAGAUGUGAAAGGUGAAACAGGUUUGACAAAUCCUAGCUUUCCUAUUGAAAAUGGUAAUCAAACAAAUGACCCUACAAAGCACAAGGUGGAACAAGCCUUUCAGCAUAGAGAUUUUAUUGUAAUGAGAGAAGAAUGUGGAAGAAAUAAUUUCCAUGAAGUGUACAACUUUAAGCAAGUCCAGAGUCCACCCCCAUCAAUCUUCACCUUAAGGAAAGAUGAUCUCUCAGCAAGCCACAAUAGAGAGAGAUUGACGAUUCCCCCUUCCUCUGUGUUUCUGGAGACUGCUCAUGGGAAUGAUGGCUUGGCUAUGUCCUUUUGUAAAAUGCCAGAUGAUGCUAAACAGCUCUGUAUGGGAAAUGCACAGUCAAACAUUGAAAUCAAUCAGACAUAUGCCAAAGAUGGGACUGAGGGUAUGGAAUCUAAUGAUGGCAAACUCCUGAAACCUAAGCCAUCUAAGCUGGCAAAGAGAAUAGCAAACUCUGCUGGUUACGUAGGUGACCGAUUCAAGUGUGUUACAACUGAACUGUAUGCAGAUUCUAGCCAACUGAGUCGAGAACAGCGGGCCUUGCAGAUGGAAGGAUUACAAGAGGACAGUAUUUUAUGUCUACCUGCUGCUUACUGUGAGCGUGCAAUGAUGCGCUUCUCAGAGUUGGAGAUGAAAGAGAGAGAAGGCCAUGUAGCAACCAAAGACUCAGAGGUCUGCCGAUUCAACCAAGCAGACUGGGAAAACUUGAAAGGAAAUAAUGAAAAAAAGCCUAAGUCUGUCACUUUGGAAGAUGUCAUUGCUGGGCCAAAUGACAAAGACAGAUGUAAGCAUACAUUAGUCUUAUCAGGAGAUUUGUGGAGAAGGAGAGCUAAUUUACUCACUGAGAAGAGAGAUAUUAUAUCCUCAGCUUUAUGUUAUUUUCAUAAUACAGAAAAUGUCCGUGAUCACAGUUCUGAAAUUCCUGAGGACAAAGGUUCUCCAGCAGAUAUUUGUUUGGAGAGAUUUACUGUGUAUGAAAAGACAAAUGACCAAUCAUUAGAAGAUAUCAGCCAGGUUCCGUGCCCACAUCUGGACCGAAAGCGUAAACAUUCUGGUGAGAAUAUGCAGAAUGAUGGAAGCCUUAAAGAAAACUUUGUAGAGGAACUGGAAGAAGAAUUUGCAUCAAAAGCAAAAAAGAAGAAGAACUCUAAAGAUGACUGGCCUGAGAGGGAAAUGACAAACAAUUCCUCUAACCACUUAGAAGAGCCCAAUUGUAAUGAGGUGACCAACCUGAAGGUGUGCAUUGAAUUAACAGGGCUCCAUCCCAAAAAGCAGCGUCACCUGCAGCAUCUUAGGGAACUAUGGGAGCAGCAGGUGUCACCAGAGAGAUCCCCACCCGGCAAGUUGGGCCGGCAAAGCAGGAAAGAUUUAGCUGAGGCUGUUCAGCCAGAGGCCACUGCAAAGGUCAAAGACUGCACAGAAGAAAGGCACACCAAGAAAAGGUCAGAGGUCAAAAGCAAUAGAAGUUGGUCUGAAGAGUCCCUCAAAACAAGUGACAAUGAACAAGGUAUCCCUCUGUUCCCGAUGUCUUCACAUACGAAGAGUCUUUCAUCCACCAAUAUAAACAGCAAAAGGCAAACUCAGCCAAGCUGUACUUUGACUUCAAGGUUGGCUGCCAAGCAGCAGAAAAUUAAAGAAAACUGGAAGACAGAUGGGCUGUGCAUGGAUGAAGAAGAGGAUUUCCAGGCUGCAUCCCUGCUGCAGAAACACAGCGAGUGUGAGAAGCCGCCAGGGAAACGUCAGUGUAAAACAAAACAUUUGGCACUGCAGGAGAGGAGAACAAGGUCAUCCUUGACUGGAGAUGACAUAACAGAUAUUGAAAGCAUUGAGGAGAAGCCCUCACAGCUGCAAAUUGCAAGUACACCUCAGGAGAUUGCCCCAAGUCGUCCCAUGCCACCAGAAGCCCGAAGGCUUAUUGUCAAUAAGAAUGCUGGAGAAACUCUUCUGCAAAGGGCAGCACGACUGGGAUAUGAGGAAGUGGUUCUGUAUUGUUUGGAAAACAAAGUCUGUGAUGUAAAUCAUCGUGACAAUGCUGGUUAUUGUGCCCUACAUGAGGCCUGUGCCAGAGGUUGGCUGAGCAUUGUGCGACAUCUCCUAGAAUAUGGAGCGGACGUUAACUGCAGCGCUCAGGAUGGAACUAGGCCUAUCCAUGAUGCAGUGGAAAAUGAUCAUCUAGAAAUUGUCCGAUUGCUCCUUUCUUAUGGCGCUGACCCAACGCUUGCUACAUACUCAGGUAGAACAAUUGUGAAAAUGACACACAGUGAACUAAUGGAGACUUUUCUAACAGAGUAUUUAACUGAUCUCCAAGGUCGUGAUGUUGAUGACCCUGGCUUGUCCUGGGACUUCUAUGGCAGCUCUGUGUGUGAGCCAAAAGGCGAAUCAGGAUUUGACAUCCUGUCUAAUCCACCUGGUCCAAGUGAUGAGGAUGAAGAUGGCUUUAGUGAUAUCUUGGAGUUUGAAUUCUCAGAUGUGCCUCUCUUGCCAUGUUAUAACAUCCAAGUGUCUCUUUCUCAGGGACCACGGAACUGGUUUUUGCUUUCUGAUGUAGCAAAGAGGCUGAAAAUGUCACCCAGGAUAUUUCGCUGCAGUUUCCCAAGUUUGGAAGUUGUCAGUGUUACAGAAGCAGAAUUUUUCAAACAGGUAUCUUUGAGUCAGCUGUUUGCUUGCCAAAAGGAUCUCGAAGCUUUCAACCCAGAAGGCAAGGAACUGUUGGACUUGGUAGAAUUUACUAAUGAGUUACAAUCUUUGCUUGGAGCCUCACUUGAGUGGUUGCAUCCGGAUGAAAAAAUUGAUAUUCAUUGGUGAAUCUCCCAGCUACUUAAUGUAUAGUUCUGUGUAAAGAUAUUUCUUUAUGUAUAUGUGUUACUGCAGUUGUUUCUGUAAAGAAAAGGAUACUGUUAAAAAGAUAGCUUUCCUCUAACACACACACACACACACACACACACACACACACACACAUCUCAGAUGGGUGGACUUUUGGAAGAUUUUUUUUAAAGAGACUUCACUCUGUUUUUACAAAUUGUAAAAUUUGUAAAAGGCUGUGUGCACGUUCCUUUAAGUGCACACAAACUUUGAUAUAGAUUUGUUUUUACAUGGAACUUUUUUUAAAAAUAGAGAAAAUGGCUUUGCUUCAUACAAAGCACUGAUUACAUAGGAGAUACCUAUUAUAGGUGAUGUGAUCAAAGUCAUAUUGUUGGCUUGGGAAACUUUAUUGGGGAAGGCACUUCAUUAUAUUUUUGUUUUUGUUUACAAAAAUUCCUGCUUUGGCCAGGUACACACUAUUGAAUAUAAUUCAGUAGACUGUAAUAUAAAUUAAAACCAUACCCAUGCACAUCUACUAAUUGUGUGAACUUUUGUAUCUUAAUUUAAAGAUGUGAAAUUUAGUUUUCACAUGGCAAACUGGAUUGUUUAUAUAUAUGUAUAUAUACACACAAACACACACACAAAUAUGUUUAAACAUUUGAUGCUCUUUAUUUAAAGAAAACUUUGAACUAUUUUUCUGUAAAAUACUGAAAACUAACCUAUGUUGAAGUUGCUUAAAACUGUACAGAAGCUAAAUCUUUUUUCUGAAUUGUGUGUUUAUGUUUGAGAUUUGUGUUUUAACUUUGUAAGUAAAUUCUUCUGCCUUUGUAUUUAUAUUUUACAAAAAAAGAUGCUAAAGGCAAUAAAACUGUUGAA